UAAGGUACUAUACAAAUAUCUUUCCGCCCAAUAGACAUAAAAAUUCCAUUAGUAUUGUAUUAUUUAUUGGUGUUAAAAAUAUUGUCUCAAAGGAUAACUAAUAACUAAUACAAAAUGUUCAAAAUGCGUUUUUCUACUGUUUUCUUGUUUUUGGUGAUUGUAAUAAUCUCAUUUCUCAAUGAGACAGAAGCAAGGCGAAAGAUUCUUAGGGGAAGAAAAACUAUUACUAGGACAUAUUACAAAUCAUUAGGAAUACCUGCUUGGUUGUCAAUCACAUUUACUGGACUCAUCAUAUUAGGGAUUUCAGGAAUAAUUUUUGCUGUAUUGCAAAAAUUUAUUAUAAUCAACAAUCAACCUCCACAACAAACGCCUUCCUCUGUACCACUCACCACAUCUUAAAAUUCUCACCACAUUAAUGGUUGAACAAUUUUUAUAAUUUUAAGUUUUAAGUAUGACAAAAUCUUUAUUAAUAGUUUUACUAAAAGAUAUAAUUAUACUAAAACUUCUUUUUAAAUGUAUAUUUUUUAUUUUUUUGUUAACCUGAUGUAAACAAAACUCGCAAUAUAUUUUCAAUAAUAAUACAUAAUUUAUUACAAGA